AUAGUGCCAUGAUAGAUAGUGCGUCUGCUUGUGCGUAAAAUUACUUUAUUUCCAAGUGUGCAUUGUUAUCGGAGAGUGUUAUUUUCCUUCUUGGCAAACACCUGACACUGGACCUUUCCUUUGUGCUGCUGUCUCGGACAAGUUGUGUCUGAGAGUGGCUGUAUGUGAGAGCGAGUGAGUCUGAGAAUGAACUCCGUUGACGCGCAGCUCCAUCACGCCGCAUCCUCGCCAACCGUCAGUCCUCUCCAACCGCUGCCCAAGAGCGCACACGAGACCCCCGAGAUGGCCGUCUACUGCGACAACUUCAGCGUUUACCACCACCAGCAAAGUUUACCCGGGGGACAGCGCUCCUCCACCGGCUACGGACUGGGAGAUUACACGGCUUCGCCCAACCCGUACCUGUGGCUCAACGGGCCCGGCGUCAACUCGUCGCCGUCCUACCUGCACCACGGAAACAACCCGUCCUCUUUCAUGCCCCCCUCUUACAGCGCGCAGCGGCAAUUCCUGUCCAACUCGCCCGGCUUUGCGGGCCCGGACCUCGGCUGGCUCUCCAUCGCCAGUCAGGAGGAGUUGUUAAAGUUGGUGCGUCCUCCGUACUCCUACUCUGCGCUGAUAGCCAUGGCGAUUCAGAACGCGCACGACAAGAAACUGACGCUCAGUCAGAUCUAUCAGUACGUGGCUGAUAACUUCCCCUUCUAUAAGAAAAGCAAGGCAGGCUGGCAGAAUUCCAUCAGGCACAACCUGUCCCUUAAUGACUGCUUUAAAAAGGUGCCAAGAGAUGAGGAUGACCCGGGUAAAGGAAACUAUUGGACGUUGGACCCAAACUGUGAGAAGAUGUUUGACAAUGGGAAUUUCCGCAGAAAACGAAAACGCAGGUCUGACACCAGCUCAGGGGCAACUGGGGGCACCAAAACCGAGGAUGGUCGACCUCUUCCCGGGAUCAAGAGCUCGGAGAGCCCGCACCUGAUGGGGCCAUCCUCCCCAGAGAUGGAACCGGUAAGCGAGCCUCACAAGAGCUCGUCUCCCCCGGGCCUUGGCGCUGCGCCCUGCUUCAACAACUUCUUCAGCAGCAUGUCAGGCCUUGCGAGUAUGCCUCCCGGUAGACAAGGCUCUCUCGGUCUGGUGAACGAGAUCUCCAGUCGGCACAUCACUGCGUUGAGUCCGUAUCACGCCAGCGCCGCUCCAGAAACUGGAACAAACACGGAGCACCCCGACAACGCGCACACGAAUCGCGGAGUGUACUACAACUCUUUCCCGAGCACCGGAGGGGGUGGCUCAGGUGGACAGAGCGCGCAGUUUAACGGCCACUUCUACAACAGCUUCAGUGUCAACAGUCUCAUAUAUCCCCGUGAUGGCACGGAGCUAUGAGGCGCGCGCCAAGGAUGAGGCACAGGUGUCGAAAGAACGGAAACCAACAAAGACUCCUAACCGUCCCUUUUCAGAGACAUUUUACACCAAAGGCUCCAACAACCAGAAGUGCAAAAAGCAAAACAACAAUGUAUAGUAGGCUAUAGCAAAAUGGUAGACAGGAAACGUGAAUCUGGGUAUCAGUCUUACUCGGCGGUUUACGUAUCUUACCUGAGCUUAUGGCGGUUGUCUUGCCGGCAUCUUCUUCCUCGCUUUCCCUGUUGGGUUUGAAGGAGGGCGGAGGCUGUCAAAGAAACUGGUCUCAUCAGUUCACUUCAAAUCAUUGUUUUCAUAUCAACAAACGGACGGCAGCAUGGUCAAACUGAAGUGCGCAAUGGGUUUUAUUUACCAUGCCAAAAUGCCACCAAAUUGGCUGUGCACAGUAGCCUAUUUGCUUCACGAUGUGAUGAUGCCUUCUAAAACUUCAUGUGUGAAGUACUUCAAUAUGUCAUUACUGCCUUGGCCUGUUUCUGACUUAAAAUGACUGAUUUGUAUGAUUUUGUAAAUUAUAAACUGCUGUCUCUGAUAUUUAUAAUAAAUUAUGUAUAGAAUCUUUUACAUACUUUCCUAGGGAGCUAUAUUUUCUACGUGGGUAACUUUUUGUACAAUACCAUGUUUGCGCAGAGAAAUAUGAACACAUAAUUAACACACGUUAA